GACCUAUAAAGAACCUAGCAUCAUAAAUAACUACUCAUUAUUAUUUGCAGAUCCGUCAGUCACAAUUUACUCACGAUACAUUACUGUUUUGAUCCUCUCGAACAUGGGUAUUGUGAGACUGAUAAUUCGACAACCGUGACUACAAACGAAGACGACCUCGAACUUCACCAAUCUAAAGCAUUGAUAUUAUGGGUGACGUUCAAUUUGAGAAGGUUUAUGCACAUCCAGUAGAUUUAGCAGAGACUGUAGUUCAUCUAAAUUGAUUUUGUAUUUCGCUUUUCAAUCGGUAUCAUGUGCAAUAGCAAAACACGUAUUAGUUCACUUUGUGUUUUUGCAAGAUAUCAAAACUGUUUUAAAAUGCACAGUCUGAAAGAAGGAGAAACGAAGUAUUUGUCAGUGUCACUUGUGUGGAGCGAGCGAUACAAGCAUUGUUUUGAUGCGACAUCAUGUAAUGUUGACGUGAUGAUUAGCAAUUCAAAAUACUGAUAAAUCAAAUAACUUACAUUCUGAACUUGGACUAUAACAUAUCAAGAAACUGGAAAAGGUUACAGCUAGAAAUACGUUUGUGCUGUCCUUGCGACACAGACGACGGCUGUCUCCCAGAGUGAGGCCCAGGCAGGAGCCGGCUGCAGCGGAGCAGGGCACCAUGAUGGAGGGGGGCAUGCAGCUGCUGAACCGUGACGGCCACAGCAUCUCGCACAACUCCAAGCGCCACUACCACGACUCGUUCGUGUCCAUGAACAGGAUGCGCCAGCGCAGCUUGCUCUGCGACAUCGUGCUGCACGUCUCCAACAAGGAGAUUAAGGCACACAAGGUGGUGCUGGCAUCCUGCAGUCCCUACUUCCACGCCAUGUUUACAAAUGAGAUGUCGGAGAGUCGCCAGACCCACGUGACCCUGCAUGACAUUGACCCCCAGGCGUUGGAACAGCUGGUUCAGUAUGCCUACACAGCAGAAAUCGUGGUGGGGGAGGGCAACGUGCAGACCUUACUCCCAGCGGCCAGCCUGCUGCAGCUCAAUGGGGUGAGAGACGCCUGCUGUAAGUUCCUCCUCAGCCAGCUGGACCCCUCUAAUUGCCUGGGCAUCCGCGGCUUCGCAGACACACACUCCUGCAGCGACCUGCUCAAGUCGGCGCACAAGUACGUCCUGCAGCACUUCGUGGAGGUGUCCAAGACCGAGGAGUUCAUGCUGCUGCCGCUGAAACAGGUAUUGGACCUGAUCUCCAGUGACAACCUGAACGUGCCGUCGGAAGAGGAGGUAUACCGGGCCGUGCUGAGCUGGGUCAAACACGACAUUGACGGGCGCAGGCAGCACGUUCCCUGGCUGAUGAAGUGUGUACGCCUGCCCCUACUGCGGAGGGAUUUCCUCAUGAGCAACGUGGACACGGAGCAGUUGGUGCGUCACCACUCGGAGUGCAAGGACCUGCUCAUCGAAGCCCUCAAGUACCACCUGAUGCCCGAGCAGAGAGGCGUGCUGAGCAACAGCCGCACCCGGCCUCGUCGUUGCGAGGGCGCCAGCCCCGUGCUCUUCGCCGUUGGUGGGGGCAGUCUGUUUGCCAUCCACGGUGACUGCGAGGCCUACGACACGCGGACAGACCGCUGGCACAUGGUGGCCUCUAUGUCCACCCGGCGGGCACGGGUGGGCGUGGCGGCCAUAGGAAACAAGCUGUACGCAGUGGGAGGGUAUGACGGUACCUCCGAUCUAGCGACUGUGGAGUCCUACGACCCGGUCACCAACUCCUGGCAACCCGAGGUUUCCAUGGGGACGCGGCGGAGCUGUCUGGGUGUGGCGGUGUUGCACGGCCUCCUGUACGCGGCCGGCGGUUACGACGGAGCUUCCUGCCUCAACAGUGCAGAGCGGUACGACCCUCUGACCAGUACCUGGACCUCCAUCGCUGCCAUGAGCACCCGAAGGAGAUAUGUCCGUGUGGCCACUCUGGAUGGUAGUCUGUAUGCAGUAGGAGGGUAUGACAGUUCCUCACACCUAGCUACAGUGGAGAAAUAUGAACCACAGAGCAACGCGUGGACGGCCAUCGCCAACAUGCUGAGCCGACGCAGCAGUGCCGGGGUGGCCGUGCUGGAGGGCAUGCUCUACGUAGCCGGGGGAAAUGACGGCACCAGCUGCCUGAACUCAGUGGAGCGGUUCAACCCCAAGACCAAUGCCUGGGAGGGCGUGGCGCCCAUGAACAUCCGCAGAAGUACCCAUGACCUUGUGGCCAUGGACGGCUGGCUGUACGCAGUGGGCGGCAACGACGGCAGCUCCAGCCUCAACUCCAUUGAGAAGUACAACCCGCGCAGCAACAAGUGGGUGGCGGCCUCCUGCAUGUUCACGCGACGCAGCAGCGUGGGCGUGGCCGUCCUGGAGCUGCUCAACUUCCCGCCGCCCUCGUCGCCCACGCUCUCCGUGUCCUCCACCAGCCUUUGACACGGGGCUAGGUUCCGGCUGACCUCAGUCACCGCCGCCCCCGCACAGCCAGGCCCAAGCAAGAGACGUAACUUCUCUGUGUGAAGGGGGGGAGGGAGGGAAGGGAGGGGGUGCAGUUAAACAGAGAAGAGGUGAUGAGGUUGGAAGAGCGAAGGAUGGGGAGAGAGAGAGAAACAGAGGUUGCUGGUGGAUCUUUUGCGGUCUCGUUUCCUGAGGUCUCGCUGUAUUACCGUAAAGAUACCAGCUCCUAGUCUCUUGAAGAACACGGUAGAGUUUUCCUUGGAUAAAGAUUUAAAAAACUAAAAAACAUCCUCCCUUUAUCCCUCUUUCCCUUUGCAAUCCAAUGCUUGAAACACUGUCUCUGAAGACAGUCACUUUGUGUAUCAUGUGUACUGUAAAUGUCACCAUUUUUGCAAUAAUAUAUAUAUGGAUAUUGAAAUUAAUUAUUUUAACUAAGGAAUGUAGCUAUAGACUGGUUCUGCCAUGCAUGCUUAUCGUGUCCUGGCCGGCAGGAAUAAAAAUGUAUAGUGCUGCUGAAUGUGUCACACUAGGUGGCAGUAACGGCCAAUGUUGUUUACCGUCCAACCCCACAGACGCACGUGGGGAGGAGGGUGAAGUUACCCCUAGACACUGAUCUUGGGUCAGUUUAGCAUUUUCCCCACUAAUGGUUAAGGUUAGGAUUGGGGAAGGGGAAGCUGAUCCUAGAUCUGUACCUAGGGGAAACGUCACACUGAAAAAUAGAUCUAUUGAUACUAGAUCUACCGUUACUCAAAACUGUAGAUUUGUUUAAAUCCCUUUUUUUUAUAUAAAAAAAAAAAUUACGUUGAAUUCUAUUUCUUAUUUAUUAAAUGUAAAACAAUCUAUAGCUAAUAUAUUCAGACAAUUUCAAAGAUGCUUUAUGAAAAGCAAAUGGACCACUGCUACAACUCAAGAGAGACGUAUUGUUUUUAUUUUGUUGCGUUAACUUUGUGCAUAUCAUGGAUGGAAGUGUGUCAUCGAAAAUGUCAAAGUGUGACACUGUUAGUCAUUCAGUUUGUGCUUGAGAGUUGAGUGUAUCAGAGUGAAGAGAGGAUAGAUAAGGAUGUCUUAAACUGAAGACAAUAUCAGGGACGUAUUCAUAAAGUAUCUCAGAGUAGGAAUUCUGAUCCCGGAUCAGGUCAUCCUUCUUAUUCUGAAUGUUUUAAAAGGCUACACUGAUUCUAGAUCAGCACUCCUACUCUGAGACGCUUAACACAUACGGGACCCCGGUCAACUGAAAUAUCUCUUUAUUAUUUGUAAUGGAAAACAGUUGAAAGAUAAAGGUUUAUUUUUUUCAUGCAGUGGUUCAUGUAACCAUGAGAGAAAUUAGCUGAUGCAUUUACAGGUCCUCGUGGAUAUUAUUUUGUGUGUUGGUACCUUUUUUUAUUGCCUUGUCACUGCCACGUGCAUGACACCACCAAUGUCAUUAAUAGUUCAUGAGGGCGGCAGGGUAGCCUAGUGUUUAGAGCGUUGGACUAAUAACCGGAAGGUUGCAAGUUCAAAUCCCCGAGCUGACUGUCGUUCUGCCCCUGAACAGGCCGUCAUUGAAAAUAAGAAUUUCUUCUUAACUUCUUAACUUAUUUGCCUAGUAAAAUAAAGGUAAAAUAAAAAUUAGGGCAACUGAUGUCCAAAACUGUUGUGUGGAAGCUUGCUUGUCCACUAGCUAAUUAGAAUAGCCUAAUGUGCUGUAUAGAUCAUUAUCAUUCAUAAACACACACAGUGGUAUCACGCUUCUGGCAGCUUUGAAAUGGCUUAAGUGCGUAAAGUUCAAGUUAGAAGCUUAACACAAAUGCCACCAAUCUGAACACUUGACACUAACGACGGUCAUGUCAAUGUAGAACACCUAUGGUGCUGUCAUUUUGUCUUACAUACACUUCAGUUUGUACUUUCAUCCAUACCUCAUCCAUGUAUUGUUGAAAAGGAUACAAAUGUACCAGGGUGUGUAUAAACGUGUGACAACAUGUAAUAUAACUCUAAGCUCGAAUGAUACUCUGAAACACGUAAGUAAGACAAUACCAGGAUUCUUUGGAAGUUAAAAGGUGGAGUGGUUAAAAUAAUGAACCUAUUUGUACAAAGUUGACUGACUCUUUGCCUGAGGUGAAAGAGCUGUGUCAGCCAAGGUUACAAUAGACUACAAUGGGUCCUAAUUUGAGUUCUUGACUCAGUCAUGGUUAAUUAGGUUCAAUAAAUAUGUAGCACAGUGUGAUAAGAUGUCAAACUUCUGAGAAGUAAUUUUUUUCUCCCUUUUUUUUUUAUUUUUAAGGAUUUAGAUUUUCUAGUUUUGUUUUUUCCGGAACAACCCAAUAUUGGUUAGUUGUAGAAAGACCCCCUUAGAAAACAAAGCUCUGUUUGUCUAAUACAGAUUAUUUCCUGAAAUGGUGAAGUGUCUUGUUCCCAAAGGGCAAAAGUGGUUGCACUGAUAUUUUUUGUGACAUCAUGGUCAGGUUCUAUACUAAUUAGAUGUAUUUUUAGCAACCAGAAAAGGACAUCUUUAACUCAUUGUAAUCUGGUAUCUGACCAUACAACCAGAAAACACAUUUACAACCAGAAAAAUAACUCCUAACAUUCCAUGGCAAAUUUUGCCUUCUGGAUUCGUGUGAACUCCUAAUGUACCCUGAGUGAAAUCCAUGAGUGAAAUCCGCACUCAACCACACAAGACCUUGGCUUCCAUUUUGUUGAUUCAAAUGUAAAUCAGAAGUUACCCAAUUUCUUGGAUUAAAACAUUUGUGCAAUGUCUAAGUGACUGUAGCUUUUUCAGUUAACACAUUGUCACAUGCAUUGUUUAUUUAUAAUAUGUUUGUUAUAUUUAUGAGGACACUUGUAAAGUAAUUUUGCACUAUUGUGAAAAUGGAGCAAUACACUGUAUAGAAAAUAAAUAAAUAGAUGUUUUCCGGUGUGAGGA